UUGGUGUGACAUCACUCCCUCUCGCUUGACUUGAAACCUAGAGGCGAGGUUUAGGGUUUGGGGAACAAGUCCAGGAAGCUGCGUCAACUGAUAAGACAGAAAACGACUAGACUGUAUGGUGUGUGGCCGCACACACCCUAACUCCUGGACAUGGCCCGUCUCUGCGGUCCCAAGAUCCUCCUGCUCUGGACUGGGAUCAUCGGUUUAGCCUACUGUCAAGAUCCAGCAGAUGUUGGUCAAACCACCUCACCUGCACGCACUACCGCAAAUUUGAACUCAUCUUCAGUAGUCAGCCCAACUUUCACCUCCUCAACUCCACGCACCACGGCAACUCCUGCCGUGGCUUCAGACACGCCUGCAACUGCCAACACAUCUUCAGUCACCUUGUCACCCCUUUCCUCAAACACUUCAAUUCAGACCAUUCCAACUAAUGCAUCUGAUGCCAUUACCACUCCUGCAAUCACCUCAAAAGAGACCACACCCACAACCACUUCCACCACCAACCAAACAGUCACUCAGGCACUCGGCAAUCUAACUCCGACCUCACCUCCAACCACCCAGUCCAACACCACAGUGACUCCUACCACCAAAGGCCCUACACCUCCUCCACCUCCCCAGUGUUCUUACACUGUUACACCUAUCAAGUUUGGCUUCCAGAUCAACUUCAUAAACUCUCCCCCUGGCAACUACACCGUGAAUGUUAAAGAAGAAGUCAAAAAUGAGACUGGCAUGAAAUACACUGUUCAGAUCUCCGAUCCGAAAGUACCACAUCAUAUCACACACCUGAAGCCCUGUACUAACUACAAGCAUAAUGUGACAUUUGACCAUGCUGGCAAAGAAAUAGUCUGUAAGCACAGUGAUAAUAAAACUACAGUGACGACAAUGGAAAUGACUGAAAGUGACAUUAAACUUGACAACUGCACCCCUGGAUAUCUUUGUUACAAGAGUGACUGGAACAUCAGCUCUGUGCAAAUAACAGCAAAUAAUAUUGAAGCUGUGCAAUGCCCAAGUGACAAUAAAACUUUCUGUAUCAAACCUGGUUAUGAUGACAUUUGCACAAAUUUGACGACAACCUUCACUCAAGCAAAGUGUGUGAACUUUAGUCUCACUCAACACAUCAGUGCUGAUAAAUUUUUAAAUUCAAGUGAAAUAAAUGUGACUCCUCCCACUGAACUUCCUGCAAAAAUAGAAGCAAAUUUACCUCCAAACUGCAUCGAUCUCACCAUUGAUUACAUCUGUUCUGAUUCUUACAAUAAUCCCAAGAAUGUGUCUGAGCUGGAGCCUUUCACAGACUACACCUGUACUGGUCAGAUCAAGGAAAAUGAUGCCAUCAUAAAAAACACAUCUGCUAUCCAUGUCAGGAUUAACUGUGAUCUUAAUAUAACAACACAAAACAGCUCAACCGAUACCUCCAUUGACUUGAACUGGACAACAACCAGUCAGAACUGUCCAAAGGUCCCCGAACUUGAUGGGCUUUCAUAUGACUGCAGUUGUCAACUUGCCAAUUCAAAACAGAAACAGGGUCAGAAACCUGAAAAAUUUAACAAACAGAGACCUGGAGGCACAUGUCAUUUUUCUGGACUGAAACCAUUCACCGAUUACAUCUGUGAAGUCCAACCCACCUACAACAACAAGCAGGUUGCUGAACCAGCUGAAGUUACAGAGAAAACUAAGGCUGGAGUACCAGGCGAUUUUUUCAAGUUUGACAUACGUGUUCCAGAGCAUAAUAAGAUUGAAGUAAUCUGUCGUGUGAAAUUCUUCCAUGGGCCUAAGGAGCUAUACAAUGCAACUCUUAGAUAUAAUGGUGUCAUUCAGAAGACGAGGCUACCAAAAACGGACUGUAAUUUUUCAUUCGAAGAUCUAAGCUACUUAACGACCUACGACGUGGAGGUGGUUGCUUUCAACGGAUACCACAGUAACACCAAGACGGAACGUGUUGACACUCGCUACAAUGACAAAGCUCUCAUUGGCUUUCUGGUCUUCCUCAUCAUCCUCACGUCUGUGGCCCUUCUCGUGGUCGUCUACAAGAUCUUCAUUCUGAAACGCAGAAAGUCUCACGACAUGGGUGAAAACAUGAUGCUUAUUUCGACAACAAAUGAUGAGGAGAACCUGCUGCCUGUCGAACCAAUCGCAGCGGACGCCUUGCUGGAAGCUUACAAGAGGAAACUUGCUGAUGAAGGAAGACUUUUUCUGGCUGAGUUCCAGAGCAUCCCCCGAAUUUUCUCAAGGUACACCGUGAAAGAGGCCAAAAAGGCCUGCAACACCCCCAAGAACCGCUACGUGGACAUCCUACCAUAUGAUUAUAACCGUGUCCAGCUGACCACAGGAAAUGGAGAGACAGGAUGUGACUACAUCAACGCCAGCUUCAUUGAUGGAUACAAGGAAUCCAAGAAGUACAUUGCAGCUCAAGGGCCGAAGGAAGAGACUGUGGGUGACUUCUGGAGGAUGAUCUGGGAGCAGCAGUCCUCUAUCAUUGUCAUGGUAACACGCUGUGAAGAGGGAAACAGGGUCAAGUGUGCGCAGUACUGGCCAUCUCCAGACCGAGAGACGGAGAUCUUUGAUGAGUUUAUCGUGAAGCUGAACUCAGAGGACCAAUGCCCCGAUUACACCAUCCGCCACCUCAGCCUAACUAAUAAGAGAGAUAAGAAUUCAGAGAGGGAGGUCACCCACAUCCAGUUCAUGAGUUGGCCAGACCAUGGCGUCCCAGGGGAGCCCCACCUUCUCCUGAAACUGAGGCGUCGAGUCAACGCUUUUAAAAACUUCUUCAGUGGCCCAAUUGUCGUCCACUGCAGUGCUGGAGUGGGCAGGACUGGCACCUACAUUUGCAUUGAUGCCAUGAUGGAGGGUCUGGAGGCAGAGAACAGAGUGGACAUCUACGGAUAUGUAGUCAGACUCCGCAGACAGAGAUGUCUUAUGGUUCAAGUCGAGGCCCAGUACAUCCUGAUUCACCAGGCACUGCUGGAAUACAACCAGUUUGGAGAGACUGAGAUCCCCCUGUCUGAGCUCCACAGCGCAUUGAGCACGCUCAAACAGAAAAGCAACGGCAAUGAACCCACCUUGUUGGAGGAUGAGUUUGAAAGACUGCCCAACUAUAAAACCUGGAGGACAUUCAACACAGGGAUCACAGAAGAAAACAAGAAGAAGAAUCGCUCCUCAUCUGUUGUCCCAUACGACUACAACCGAGUGUUGCUGAAGCUGGAUGAAGGACACAGUCGUGAUAGUGAUCACGAUGAAGAUGAAGAGGAAGAGUCAUCGGAUGAAGAGGAUGAGGAGUCCACAAAAUACAUCAAUGCAUCCCACAUUGACGGUUACUGGGGCCCGCGCACCCUCAUCACAGCACAGACUCCACUCCCAGAUACCAUCCCUGACUUCUGGACUAUGGUUCACCAGAAGAAAGCAUCCACUAUUGUCAUGCUCUCAGACGGCAGUGAGGGUGAUGAGGACUCUGUCUACUGGGAUAAAGAGAAGAAAACAUUUGGGGAAAUUGAGGUAGAGGUGACAAGCACAGAAGCCUCCCCAACUGUUAUCAGACGCAACAUGCAGAUCCGUCACGUCAAGAGGAAAGAGAGUCGGUCGGUGAAACAGUUCCAGUUCCUGAAGUGGGUGAACACAGAGCUGCCAGAGAAACCUCAAGAUCUGACAGACAUGAUCAAGGACAUCAAGCACAGCUGUGGCAGCAGUAAAUCACAGGGAAGAGUGCCCAUUUUGGUCCACUGCAAUGACGGCUCAUCCCGUUCAGGGAUUUUCUGUGCUCUGUGGAACCUGCUGGACAGCGCUGAGACCGAGAAGCUAGUGGAUGUUUUCCAAGUGGUCAAAACCAUACGCAAGGAGAGACAGGGCUGUAUCCCCAGCUUGGACCAGUACCAGUUCUUGUAUGAUGCCCUGGAGGGGGUCUACCCUGUCCAGAAUGGGGAGGUGAAAGCAGCGCAGGCCCCUGCAGCCGACUCGGUCCAGAUUGUAAAUGAAACCAAAGCAGCAGAGCAGCCUGAGCAGUUAGCCAGCACUACCAGCAACGACCAGCAGGGGGCAGCAGAGAGCGCUCCUCUGGUGGCUGAUGGAGGGAAGGAGGAGGACAAAGUGUCCAGCAGCCCCACAGAGACAACGCCACUGGAGGACACCAGCAACGGCACCACUGUCACUUCGGAUGUCUGAGAGGAGGAGCAGGUUUUUGCAACUUGUCUGGGAAUGAUCGCUUUGGUUUAAUACUUUCCUUUGAUUACUUUAUGAAUGUAUAAAUGUAAAGCUUUAACACAGUGUGGUUUUCUUUGAGAUUUGUUAAAGAAUUUGAUCAAAUGUUGUAAUGUCGAUCUCCAAAAAAAUAUGAUUUAAGUUAUAAAUAUUUUUAGUGAGAAAUGUUUCAGGAUGCAAAUAGUUUUUUCUUUUAGCUAAGUUUACCUAAAAUGCUGUUUUCAAACUAGGAUUCCUUUGAUUUAUAGUGAGAGACAUCUACAUGAAAACUAAAUUUUAAAUAUAGAUAGAAGUUGUUAUUUACAUUCCACUAUUACAUUGCAUUUUAAGUUUGAAUUAGUUUAUCCAUUAAUAUCCUUGCUAAAAUAAUGGAUGCUAUAGUCUACAUUUAUAUAUCUGAUAUAUCCGAUUUUGAGUUCAUAACAUGUAAUGUGACACUGUCCGAUUUUAUUAAAUAAGACUUAUGAGGAGAGUCUUAUCUCUGCAGA